AUGACGCUAGUGGGUUUCGCCGUCUGGCAUUCCAACAAUGGGCUGAAGGGUAGAGAUGACGCCAGUGGCACUGUGGAUCUCUACUUGAACGACGAGAUGAACCAGCCAGGGUGCAGCUGUGACACCAGCUGUUCGCAUCUGCGAGCUGUCAAGUUUUACGCGGAAACGGUGGCAGACAAGAAGCCGUUGAAGGCUUUCCCUUGCCAAGGCUUCGAUGAGUAUGUGGGAAACUCAUGUAUGAUGCCCACGAUGGAAACUCUCGCUGACUUCGGGGAAAGACCCACUGAAGGAGUAAACGGACCGUACUUGACCUUUACCAAUGCUGCGUCACCAUUCUUACUGAAUGCUGAGGCGUUCACUAACCAAGAGUCGUACGAGAACUUCAAGAAGACACGUGAUAGCAAUUGUCCCCAACAUGACUUCUUCAAAAUUGUAGGAGAAAUAGUCAUAGGAGCAUAAAACGCUUUUGUGUUGUAUAAUAAAGAUACCCAAUUAAA